GCUGACACCCUUGACUUUCCAACCCAAAACUCGAGAUAUCAGUAUCUUCUCCUGGCCUCAGUAUCUCUAUAGUUGCGUGUUUUAUUCUUGCUAGUUUGAUACCCGCCCAAGAAGUACGCCAGCGGGGAGAGAGACUUCGAAUCGCCCAAUUGUUUGUCCCUGCAUAUAUCACCAUAAAAUCUGCAGCACUAAAAUCGCUUCGCCUCGUACCUCUCGCCACCAUGACUACAGCACCCGCCGGCGAGCAGCCCCAGGCUCCGAUCCAACCAUGCAGAUACAAAGUCGGCAAAACAUUGGGCGCUGGGUCGUACUCGGUCGUGAAGGAGUGCGUCCACAUCGAUACUGGUCGCUACUAUGCUGCCAAGGUCAUCAACAAGAGACUGAUGGCGGGUAGGGAGCAUAUGGUGCGAAACGAAAUCGCCGUCCUUAAGAAGGUGUCAAUGGGCCACCAGAACAUCCUCACCCUCGUCGACUACUUCGAAACGAUGAACAACCUCUAUCUAGUCACCGACCUUGCGCUUGGUGGCGAGCUUUUCGAUCGCAUCUGCCGCAAAGGCUCAUACUACGAAUCGGACGCUGCCGACCUGAUCCGCGCGACUCUGUCGGCUGUUGCAUAUCUACAUGACCAUGGCAUCGUACACCGUGAUCUCAAGCCCGAGAAUCUACUCUUCCGCACCCCCGAAGACAAUGCCGACCUCCUUAUCGCCGACUUUGGCCUGUCGCGCAUCAUGGACGAGGAGCAGUUCCAUGUGCUGACAACCACCUGCGGCACCCCGGGCUACAUGGCCCCCGAGAUCUUCAAAAAGACCGGCCACGGCAAACCCGUGGACCUCUGGGCACUGGGCGUGAUCACAUACUUCCUACUCUGUGGCUACACGCCCUUCGACCGGGAUACAGACUUUGAGGAGAUGCAGGCCAUCCUCAAUGCCGACUACAGCUUCACCCCGAUCGAGUACUGGCGGGGCGUGUCGGACAGCGCCAAGGACUUCAUCAGGCGGUGCCUGACCAUCGACCCCAGCAAGCGCAUGACGGCGCACGAGGCGCUCCAGCACCCGUUCGUGGCGAGCUGGGCAAAGAGCCCGGCCGACGGCGACAAGGGCCAGAACCUCCUGCCGACGGUCAAGAAGAACUUCAACGCGCGCCGCACCCUGCACGCGGCCAUCGACACGGUGCGCGCCAUCAACAAGCUGCGCGAGGGCCAGUUCAUGAACGGCGCCUCCAGCCGCGAGCCCAAGCGUAACAAGGACGCCGGCAACAACAACAACAACAACGCCAGCCCCAGCAGCAGGCUGGCUGGCGCCGGCGAUGCGACACUCGCGUCGUCGACGGCGGCCCGCAAGGACGAUGGCGGCGGCGGCGGCGGUCUGGCCAAGGACAGCGGAUAUGCGACGCAGCCCGAGACGGACGCGAGCGGGGAUGUCGCUAUGGGCGAUGCCCCGCCGCCGGUCCCGGCCAGCUUGCGGCCUGGCUCCGAGGCAAACCGGGUUGUGGAGACGAGUAAGGGCCUGUGGAGCGGCGGCGGCGGCGGUGGAAGUCGGCGGUAGCACAGAGUCGACGGCAUUGGCGGCGAGGGGGGAGUUGCCAGGCGGGCAGUUGGAUGAGACACAUUCAAGGCAGAGUUCAUUUGAUAUCGAGAAUGGCGAUU